AUGCAAUACCAAAAGAUUGGAAACACAGAUAUUGAAAUAUCUCGCGUAAUUCUUGGUUGUGGCAAUUUUGGUGGUAUUGGUUCGAUUCCUUCAUUGUUUGGUCAAGGAGAAAAUGAAGAACAGGCACAUGAAAUUUUAGAUGCAGCUGUUCGUCUUGGUAUAACAACAUUUGAUACGGCUGAUGGCUAUGGGGGUGGUAGAAGUGAAACAUAUAUAGGAAAUUGGCUGAAUAAAUGUGAUGAAAAAGUUAGAAGUAAUAUUGUAUUGAGCUCAAAAACCUAUAAUCCAAUGUUUAUUGGUGAUAGUAAGGGAUUAUCAAAAGAAAGAAUUUCAAAAAAAAUUGAUGGCACACUACACCGUCUUGGAAUAAAGCAACUGGAUAUGUAUCUUUCACAUGAAAUGGAUAAUGAAACACCAUUGGAAGAAACACUUAGUUGUUUUAAUGAAUUACAAAAAAGUGGAAAAAUACGUGCAUACGGUGCAUCAAAUAUUGAUUGUGAACAAUUAGAAAAAAGCAUAUCUAUUUGUGAGAAUCUUAAUUUAAAUAGGUAUGAAUGGGUACAAAACUCAAUGUCAUUAUUAAAUUAUUCAGAAGCAGAAAAAGUGUUACAAAUAUGUUCUAAGUAUGGCCUUGGUUUUACUCCUUAUAGUCCAUUAGCCGGUGGAUGGUUAACAGGAAAAUAUCAACAAGGUCUUGAUUAUGAACGUGGUUCGCGGAUGACACUACGACCUGAACCAUAUGGUAAUUUUGUUAGACAUCAAGAUAGUAUAUCAGAUGGCUUAAAUUCAAUGAGAAAAAUCAGUAAGGAACGAUUUGGUAAUAUAAGUAUUGCUGGCUUAAGUUUAGCUUGGUUACUUAGUGAUCGUCGAAUAACAGGAAUAAUUAUUGGACCUCGUAAAUCAGAGCACUUUGAACCUAUACAUGAAGCAUUAAAUACGCGUCUUAAUGAAACUGAUCGAAUCGAUUUAGCAAAUCUAUUUCCAUUAUUGUAA